AUGGAGGCAACGCCCAUGAGAUGGGCAACAGGAGCCGACAGCACUGCUCAGGUGGAGCGGCAUCAUCAAACUCUUCGUUGGAUCGCCCAGACCUAUUCGCAGAUCCAGAAUCAGUUUCCCGGCGACCUCCACGAGGAGGGUGCAGAGAGACUUCGAAAGACCCUGUGUUGGCUUGUAGAGCAAUGCGAGGAGGUCGACGCACACGCAAAAGGUUUGCUGGCAAGGACGAGUGAUUCUCGGACCUUGUUGAAUUUGCACAGCGAGCAAACUGAGCAAACCCAGGACACCAGACAAUUUCAUCUCCACGCCCAAGUACUAUUACUCGGAAUUGAGGAUGCGGCGGAAAUGUCUCCAUCCAGCUCAUCAUCAGGCAUUUGA